AUGGCAGUCGACAUGACCUCCCUGAAGGAGCACGCCAGCACCAGCGAACGCGAACGCGACGAACCCUUCGACGCCGAAGCCGACUUCCACCCUACACGCAUAACACCACAAACCUUCCAAAGACUCCUUACCUGCUACAACACCACAGCCCAAAACGUCCAACGGCGCAAAGCAAUGCUGAAACUGCAGCCUAAGGGUGCUAGUUCCAAGAAGCGGAAGACCGGCUCGGGGUCGAGCUCGGAUGUGCUGAUUACGAAAACGGAGUUUGACCCCUCUGAGGAGCGCAUUAUUAAGGAUCAGCUGGAUAGAUACCUUGAACUUGAUAGCUGGCGGUAUUGGGGGAUGCCGGUUCUUAUCUGGCAACGGUUGGCGAUGGGGAAUCUUGAAGAUGCGGAGGAUGAUGAGGCUGCUUAUUUUACGAGUGAGGAACUUUGUCGGACUAUGGAAUGGAAGACCAAACACGGUCGUCCCCGUCCCGCACUCAUGGGAAUGAUAAAAUCCAACCAAGAGAAAUUGGUCUUUAAAUGCACUUCCACAGCCUUGAAGUCUCUACCAACCAUCAAGGACAAGAAAAAUUUCACCUCCAACUCCAAUCCCACGACCAUCCCAGACGAAGUCUUCCCAAAACAAAGCAUGGACGACCUAAGUCCCCUCCGCGGCGUCGGGCCCGCAACAGCAUCCCUAAUCCUCUCCAUCGCGACCACGAAUGCAAAGGACGGAGAAACCGGUGAAGAAUCCGAACGAAUUCAAGUCCCCUUCUUCAGCGACGAUACGUAUCUCUGGCUUUGUGUUGAGGUGUUUCCCGAAUCAUCUGUGUCUUCGGAGACGGUUCGGGUCAUUCGGAAUGGUGGGAGUGGGGAUGGGGCUGGGAGUGGAAAGGGUCCGGGCUCGAAGUUUAUAAAGCCGAAUGGCGAGUUGAAUCUUAAGUAUAAUAUUGCGGAGUAUCGGGAGCUUUGGGAGGCUUGUUUUGAAUUACGGGAGAGGUUGAGUGGUGGUGGUGCGACGAUAUCCAUGGCUGAUAUCGAGAAAGUCGCUUAUGUUUUGAGGAAUAUCGCUCUUUCGGGAUAUUAUCCUGAUAUUGAUAUGCAGGAGAUUCUACGAAUGAGUGCUGAGCAGGUGGAGGCUCUUUUGGUUCGUCUGGGAGAGCCUGAGGGCGGUGAUGGUGAUGAGUCGCCGGAGCAGAAGAAUGAGAGCGAGACUCAGGAUGUGAAGGGGUCGAGGAGUAGCAAGAGGACUCGGACCAAGAAGGCUUAG